UUUCAUUAAAAUUGUUAACGAAGAACCUGUCGUUGUCUUUAGUAUAUAUUCGAUAUGGCAGCAUUAAUAAGCAACAACAACAACAACAAUUGAAUAAAAGAACCCAGCUAGUUCAACAGGUUCUCAGAGUUGCCAGUAACCAACAAGUGUUUCGAACAACGUAACAACACCCACAAUAUCCACGACGCAAAAUUUACUAAAACGUCUAUAAAACAUGGAAAUAUUAUAGUAGAAAUAGUUGUGUGUAUCCUAUAAGAACAAAUGCGUUAACAGUGAUUUAAAUUGAAAUAAAGUUACGAGACAUUGAAAGUGAAAUAUUAGUGAAAAAUUAAAAAGAAAUGCUUUAUUAAUCCAUCUGAGGAGGUUUAAAGCCCCACCACUUCCAAUGGAUUGCAUAAUUUGGCAACUCUAAAACCAAUAAAAAUACCAAUACACUGAACUUCUGAAGUGUUGGGUAGUCAAAAUAAGAAAUCCAAAUAUAAACUUGUUGUGAGCGAGAAUUUAUUUGUUCGUUCGUUUGUUGGUUGCUUGAUGGAUUUUCUUUUUGUUUUUCAUUUCCUAUUUUAAUAAUAUUAAUUGUGUAUAAGAAGAAAAGAUAGAAAAUAUCGCUGCAUUUCUGUUCGGUUCUGUUUUGUUGUGAAUAAAAAGUGUUUUAAAAUAUCGUUGAACGAUUUUUACAAUUGGAAAUGAUGUUCCAGCCAUCAUUUUGACGUAAUUAACACGAAGAGUAUACACAAUUUUUUUUUAUUCAUUUACGAUACUUCGACCUGUUUUUUCUUCUUGUAUAAAUACACACAAGAAUGUCGUUGAGUAAGUCCAGCGCGAGUGACGACGCGAGCAAAUGCAGCGUUAAGACGGAUGACUCGACGUCGGCUGCGUCGAAAUCGUCGAAUAAUUUGGUGGUUCAUAAUUAUCAGAAUUCGGAUGAAAAUUUACAAAUUUUAUUCGACAGUGUUUUAAAUCCGAGUGAAUCGAAACGUCCAUUGCAAGUGCCUUUACGUAUGCGGAAGUUGCCAAACUCAUUUUUUACGCCGCCAGCUGCCAGUCCCAAAUCACCGACAGUAUCACAUUCUCGAGCCAAUAGUGUGGACUCGGCGUACGAUUGUGGUUCUCAGCCAAAUAUUAAUCAAACAUCAGUAGCAACGUCGCUAUCAGACUUACAGACUGCCGCCGCUGCAGCAGCAGCGCAGGCGUCAGUACAACAGCAGCCCGCAACGACAAUUAAUGCUCAACAACCGCCACCACCACCAGCAGCCGCCGGCGGCACUCAGGCCGACCAACCACGUUUACAAAUCUGUCACUCUCGUGCCCAUAGUAGUCCUGCGUCACUGCAGCAAACAUAUAAUAUACAUGGUGGCAACAUAGGCGACGACUCGACUGCUGCCUCCUUUCUGCAACAGCAACAAAACGCUGCUGGCGAAGUUUCGAACGGUGGAGGUGGUGGUGGCAAUUCUGGUCCAGGAUUUCCCGGUACAUUGUUGAGUUACAAUGCUGCCGCAGCAGCUGCUGCUGCUGCCGCUGCUGCUGGGAUAAAUAGCAAUAAUAUAUUAGCUUUGGGUGGUACUGGCGGCGGAGCCCCAUAUCAUAUGAAACAACGUUCAUACGAUGUUAUCAGUCCAAUUCAGUUGCAAAAUGAAUUAGGUCCUCUUCCUCCUGGUUGGGAGCAAGCCAAGACCAACGAUGGCCAGAUAUACUAUUUAAAUCACACAACAAAAACCACACAAUGGGAAGACCCUAGAAUACAAUUUAAACAACAGCAAGCAUUAAAUGCAGCUGCAAAUGCUAGAUUAAACAAUAAAACAGCGACUGCUGCAGGUGUAUUAAAUGGCGAUUUGGGCCCAUUACCAGAGGGAUGGGAACAAGCCCUAACAGAAACUGGUGAAGUUUAUUUCAUAAACCAUAUUGAUCGUACAACGUCAUGGAAUGAUCCACGAAUUCCACUUUUAUUUCAAAAAGAAAUAAAAGCCAAAACCGAAAUGAGUUGGGUAAAUGCAACUGAAAUUGACAAAGAUACAGACAUAUUUAAGCAAAAAGCAGGACAGUCUCUAAACAAACACAAUGUUAGCUUACAUAUGGAUCCGUUUCUUUCUGGUGAUAACCACGCUCGACAAGAAUCGAGUGACAGUGGCUUAAGUUUAUCAUCAAAUUCAUUUGCAGUCAAUCCAGAUUUUAUAACCCAUAUGGAUACUAGUAUGGACUGUAUAAGUGAAAACGGCAGCAUUAUAGAUAAUUUGGACACAACAUUACAGCUAAAUGAUAACAUUUGCAUGUUAAACGAUGUGCUCAAUUCGCCUUCGAAUAAGCCAGAUAAUUUGGAAUGGUAUAAAUUAAAUUAAUUUAUUUUUUAUUAUAUCAUCGAAGAUAUAUAUAAUUAAAAUAAGCAAAGCGCGCAUAUAACUAUUAUUUCAACAUUUUUUUAUGUUUAUUAAAAAAGCUAAAAAGUAAAAGUAUUUCCAUUUAUCAUAGAUUUAAUUACGUUUAUUUUUUGCAAGCAAAAAAUUAUCCGAUUCAAUCAAUCAAAUUGUAAAAGAUGUUUUCAAUUUUUUUUUCUUUUAAAAACAAUAAUAAUUAUAAAAAAUAAUUUAAACACAAGGACAGCUUAAAUAAAUCCAUAUUUUCUAUAAAAAA